ACUUUCAAGGUGAGGAUGUGUAAGCGAAAUAUAAUGUUUACUUUAAUAGUUAUAUUUAGAAAUGUCUUCUCGUUUUUAAACUAAUGUUAAUUAACUAGUUUGUAGUAAGUAGCGAGCAAAUGCCAGCCAGUUUUAGUCAGAUAAUUAGCCCAUGCGCCUUAAUCUAAAUUAUAAGAUGCGAAGAAAAAUUUUCUUCAAGUUUUGUACAGAAAAAGAAGUAUUAAAAGGGCUUUGAGUCUGGCAAUUCUAUGAAUUACGUUAAAAAAAUCCUUUUGGUCGUAAACGCCUAGCUUCAUCGUUUUUUCACCUCCAUCAUGAUUAGCAUAACGCUUUUUUUGGUCUUAACACAUACAAAAUUGGACAAUUUUUAUUCAAACUUCUUAAUGUAUUCCCAAGACGAGCUUAACUUUUCUUUAUGCAAAAAAAUACUAUAUAAUCGACACUUAUUUAUUUAAAAACAAUGUUUUUAUUAACAAGAAAAAGUGCUAGGCAAUCAGGUGUGGAGCACGUGCUUGGUCUGUGGUUCGUGUUUAGAUGUUUAACCUACCCAUAUAUAGGUGUAUAUAUUUAUAGAUGUAUUUUUUGUAUUCAGUUAUAGUUUUGGUGGAUUUAAACAAGGGUUGAAUUAAGUAGACAUGUCCGGACGUGCGCGAUCCAGAUCCCGUGGCAGAGCGCGCGGCCAAGAGAUUGGAGCUCCAGGCGCGCAACCACCUCCGCCUCUGGAGGCAGCUCGACCUGUGCGGCUGCCGCCCUCUGAGGGAGAGCCCAUAAUAGGGAGGGGAAGACAGAAAUCAGCCCCAGGGGCUGUGACAGCGGAAGCCGUUCUCCAGAUUUCUGCAGGUUUCCAGCAAGUGAAACUCGGUGAGAGAGGAGGACGCAGGCGGGACUUCCAUGAUUCUGGAGUCAACACUCGGCAACUGAUGGAACAUGUCAAGGAGUCCAAGACGGGAUUGUCUGGAUCACCCAUUGAGCUCAGGGCCAACUAUGUGCGCCUGCUGUCUCGGCCCCAGUGGGUUCUGUAUCAGUACCAUGUGGACUUUAAACCUCAUAUGGAGUCUCGGCGCUUGCGCUUUGCGCUGCUCUAUAAUCACGAGGAACUCCUGGGCAAAGCGAAGACCUUCGAUGGAAGCAUUCUCUUCCUGCCUCAUCGGCUUUCUAACACUGAGACGGUGCUGUGGUCUGAGAGCAAGAAGGGAGAGAAAGUCCAGAUCACUGUCACGCUGACCAACGAACUGCCUCCAUCCUCGCCCGUGUGCCUGCAGUUCUACAACAUUAUCUUCAAGAGGAUUCUGAAGAUUCUAAACAUGCAGCAGAUCGGCCGUCAUUAUUACAACCCCGAGGACCCCCUGAACAUCCCUCAGCACAGGUUGACCAUCUGGCCUGGCUUUGUGACCAGCAUCCUGCAGUAUGAGUCCAGCAUCAUGCUGUGUCUUGAUGUGAGCCAUAAGGUUUUGCGCAGCGAGACUGUUCUUGACUUCAUGGGCAAUCUGAGACAUCAGUGUGGAGACCAGCGCUUUGUGGACAUCUGCACCAAGGAGCUGGUCGGAGUCAUUGUUCUCACUAAGUACAACAACAAGACGUACAGGAUCGAUGACAUUGCUUGGGACCAAACGCCCAACAACACCUUUACGAGAGGAGACACUGAUAUAAGUUUCAACGAGUACUUCAGUUCGAGAUACGAUCUGCAGAUCACUGAUAGGAACCAGGUUCUGCUGGUCAGUCACGUUAGGAGGUUGGGUCCUGCAGGGGCUCCUCCACCAGGACCUGUCUUACUCAUCCCGGAGUUCUGCUACCUCACAGGUCUGACUGAUAAGAUGCGCAAUGACUUUAACAUCAUGAGGGACCUUUCCACUCACACCAGACUGACCCCAGAACAGCGGGAGAACCGCCUCAACAGAUUCAUCAACAGCAUGAACAAGAAUGCCAGUGCUCAGACUACGCUCAGCACAUGGGGUCUAAGCUUUGAGAGCAAGCUGCUGAACCUGACUGGAAGAGUUCUUCCUGCUGAGAGGAUCCAACAGGGAGCCAGAGCAUACGAGUACAACCCGUGGGUCGCGGAUUGGUCUAAAGAGAUGCGAGGUCUUCCUCUGAUGACCAGCAUGCCUCUGGAGAACUGGCUGCUGUUCUAUACGCGCCGUAACGCUGACGUCGCUCACUCACUGCUGCAGACCCUCAACAAAGUGUCGGGGCCCAUGGGCAUCCGCCUUCAGAGGCCGGGAAUGAUCGAGUACGAUGAUCGGCAGGAGGCUCUGCUGAGAGCUCUGCAGCAGAACGUGGGGCAACAAGUUCAGAUGGUGGUUGUGAUCCUGUCAACCAACCGUAAGGAUAAAUACGAUUGCGUGAAGAAGUACCUGUGUGUGGACUGUCCCACUCCAAGCCAGUGUGUGGUGGCUCGCACCCUCAGCAGACCUCAGACCCUCAUGACCAUAGCCACAAAGAUCGCCUUGCAGAUAAACUGCAAGAUGGGAGGAGAGCUGUGGAGCGUCGAGAUCCCGUUGAAGCACCUGAUGAUUGUUGGUAUUGACUGCUACCACGACACUGCUGCAGGAAAGAGAUCCAUCGGUGCCCUGGUGGCCAGCCUCAACCAGAGCAUGUCCAGGUGGUUUUCAAAGUGUGUUCUGCAGAGCCGUGGUCAAGAGAUCAUCGAUGGACUCAAAGUGGCUCUGCAGGCUGCUCUGAAGGCCUACUUCAGAUUCAACAAAUGUUUGCCAUCACGCAUCAUCGUGUACCGAGACGGCGUGGGCGACGGCAUGCUGCUGAGUGUAGUUGACUACGAAGUGCCUCAGAUCAUGCAGUCCAUCAAGGCCAUGGGCGCAGAUUACACGCCCAAACUGACCGUGUUGGUGGUGAAGAAACGCAUCUCUUCCAGAUUCUUCGCUCUCCUCGACGCCAGACUGAGCAACCCUCCUCCCGGAACGGUCAUAGACGCCGAAGUCACGCGACCCGAGUGGUACGACUUCUUCAUCGUGAGUCACACAGUGCGCUUUGGCAGCGUGGCUCCCACUCACUACAACGUGGUGUACGACAGCAGUGGCCUCAAACCAGACCACAUGCAGAGACUCACCUACAAACUCUGCCACAUGUAUUACAACUGGCAGGGGAUUGUGCCAGUUCCUGCGCCCUGUCAGUACGCCCACAAACUGGCUUUCCUGAUCGGUCAGAGCAUCCACAGAGAGCCCAACAUCAACCUGGAUGAGUUGCUCUAUUAUCUGUGAAAGGACACACGUCACCGUCUGGCAGUUACUCAGCAACUUGUGUUGAUUGUUAAUGUGUUGAUUAGUGUUUCUAGUUUUGGGACACUUGCAUCCAAUCAAGCAUGACUUUUUUUUUUUUUUUUUUUUUCAUAAAAAUUGAGAAAUAGCUUUUUUUUUUUUGUAAAAUGCAAUGUAAUUUGUCAUGCGUUAGGUUUUAUUUCACCUGCUAAUUUUGUUCUUGGGUUAACUGUUUAAGUUCAAUAAAUAUGGCAAGAUAUUUAUGGUUAAGGAUGGUUACAAAUAUGGUUAAAUAUUGCUUGUAGAGUGUGUACAGCAUUUCCUUACCUACCAAUUUUUCACAUUGCCAGAUUAGUUAUCAAGGAUUCUUUUUAACAUUGCUCUAACUAGUCCAAGUCAGAUUUGUGCAUAAACAGGACUGGUUUCUGAGCAGUCUAAAACCCCGAACAUUUAUGAAGUAUACAAUACCAUUUGUUUUUUGUAUCUUUUUUACAUUUAGACUGAAUGAAGAAUAAGUAGUAGUACCUCAUGGACCAUAAAAGUGCAUUGAGUGGAGACAUUCAGACAAUAGGUGGGCAAACCACUUUUAUUUGAUGAUGCACAACAAACACAUUAAAGGGAAUCAACAUGCCAAGAUGCAUUCUAAAACUUUACAUUUUUAAUCCCAUGUGAAUUAAAUGGGGAAUGCAAGUUUUUUUUUUUCUGAAAACCUAAGCAAGAUUUUGAUCUCGAACACUAUUUUUAUUGCCCAACACUAAGUUUAUAGCAUCAGGUG